ACACAUGUCAUCAUGUGUUUAUUCAUUCGUGUCGCAUGAAUCAAUAAAAAAUUCCAUUUCUCAACUCUCAUUCAUUUCAUUCUUCUCCUUACUUCACGCCAUUUCCAUCUCCACCGAUUCUCCUCAACAAUGGCCUCUAUAACAACAACACUAUGCCAUUACCACAUCCCCCUAUCAUCAUCCUUCAAAAUCCACAAACCAACACACUCACUCCCACUCCCACUCUCACACUCCCCGCGUCAUCUCAUUCACCCCUUCAAAUUCCAACCAAAAACCAUUCCAUCUCGUUUUCUUCUUUCCCAACCGCCACGCGCCUAUGUCACUGGACCAGCAUCCGACCCGAAUGUUGCUGACCCGGAUCCGAAACUUGACGGAUUAAUACAAGGGGAACCAUACAUACCAAGGGUUAUUACAUGGGAGCUUCUCUCUUUUCUUCUUGUUAAGCAUAAAUUUCGUCUUGCUGUUUGUGUUGCUUCUCUCUUUGCUUGCACCACUUGUACCCUAUCCAUGCCCAUUUUUUCUGGACGGUUUUUUGAAGUUCUUAUUGGUGUCAGACCCGAGCCGUUGUGGAGUCUUCUCAGUAAAAUGGGAGUUCUGUAUGCACUAGAGCCACUUUUUACAGUUAUUUUUGUUAUAAACAUGAACAUAGUGUGGGAGAAAGUUAUGUCAACACUAAGAGCUCAAAUCUUUGGAAAAUUAUUGAUUCAGAAGGUUGAAUUUUUUGACAAAUACAAGGUAGGCGAAAUCACUGGUUUGUUAACAUCUGAUUUGGGUUCUCUUAAAAAUAUUGUCAGUGAGAAUGUUUCAAGGGAUCGUGGAUUCAGGGCAUUAUCUGAGGUCACUGGAACAAUGUUCAUACUUUUUACUUUAUCCCCUCAACUGGCUCCAAUUCUUGGUGCUCUGAUGAUCGCAGUUUCCGUUUCAAUCGCUGUCUACAAGAGAUCAACUUUGCCUGUUUUUCAAGAACAUGGUUUGGCCCAAGCAUCUAUCUCUGAUUGUAUAACAGAAACUUUUUCUGCUAUUAGAACAGUGCGAUCUUUUAGUGGAGAAAAGCGCCAAAUGUUUAUGUUUGCUAACCAGGUUCUGUCCUUCCAAUCGAGUGGUAUAAAGCUUGGAACUUUCAAAUCUAUUAACGAAUCCUUGACUAGAGUAGCUGUUUAUAUUUCUUUAAUUGCUCUGUAUUGUCUCGGAGGAAGCAAAGUUAAGGCGGGUCAACUCUCUGUUGGAACUAUGGCUUCUUUUAUUGGAUAUACAUUCACUUUAACAUUCGCUGUUCAAGGAUUGGUUAAUACUUUUGGCGAUCUUCGUGGAUCUCUUGCGGCUGUUGAGAGGAUCAACUCUGUUUUGUCUGGAGUUCAAGUUGAUGAUGCCCUUGCCUAUGGCUUAAAAAGAGAACUAAACCAAAAAGCAGUGAACGAUGAAAACCUUAAAUUGUUCUUCUCUGAUAGUUCUUCUGAGAAAAACCAAAAUAAUCAUUUACAUUACAUGUCAGCAUUAAAAACGUCGACAAAUCUGUUUAGCUUAGCUUGGUCUGGAGAUAUUUCUCUUGAAGAUGUUUAUUUCUCUUAUCCUCUAAGGCCAGAUGUGGAAAUUUUGCGUGGCUUAAACUUAAGACUAAAAUGUGGAACUGUAACUGCACUAGUAGGUGCUAGUGGUGCAGGAAAGAGUACAAUAGUACAGCUAUUGUCUCGUUUUUAUGAGCCUUCAAGAGGUUGUAUAACAGUUGGUGGAGAAGAUGUCCGAACAUUUGAUAAAAGUGAAUGGGCCCGAGUUGUUUCUAUCGUAAAUCAAGAACCUGUUCUGUUUUCCGUUUCUGUUGGAGAAAAUAUUGCAUAUGGACUUCCAGAUGACGAUGUUUCUAAAGACGAUGUGAUUAAGGCAGCAAAGGCAGCAAAUGCUCAUGAAUUUAUAAUUUCACUUCCACAGGGCUAUGAUACACUUGUUGGUGAGCGUGGAGGCCUACUGAGUGGAGGACAAAGACAGAGAAUUGCCAUUGCCCGAGCUCUUUUGAAGAAUGCUCCUAUCCUUAUACUUGAUGAGGCUACAAGUGCGCUGGAUACCGUCAGUGAGCGAUUGGUCCAAGAUGCUCUCAACCGUUUGAUGAACGGUAGGACAACAUUAGUCAUAGCUCACAGAUUAAGCACAGUACAAAAUGCACAUCAAAUUGCGCUAUGUUCAGAUGGGAAGAUUGCAGAAUUAGGCACUCAUUUUGAGUUAUUGGGUAAGAAGGGCCAAUACGCUUCAUUAGUUGGCAAUCAAAGGCUUGCAUUUGAAUAGAUUAUUACGAAGGUCUUAGCAUUUACUGUUAUACAAAAUAGCAAUAAAUGAAACAUGGAGCUGGAUAAUGAAGGCUUGAGGUUGCUUGAGAAGUAUAUCACAAGGAGAAAUUACAAAAUAGAAAGGAAAAAAAAAAGGAAAUCUUGUAAUUAAUGUUUUAUGGCAUUUUGUUGUACAAAGACCUCAUUUUAUGUUCAUCAAAUGAUAUUAUAGUUUGGAUUAAUAAGAUUUUAUAAUUUCAUUGUUA